AUGUACUAUAAAUCUGUAGAUUUAGUGACUUAGCUAACAUAGAUCUGUACAUUUAGCUAACGUGAUGCAGAAAAACAGAAUGGGAAUUUUCUUUUACAUUUCAAAUCUCUGACAUGCACUCGACAGCGACAUGGUUUCCCCUGAGAGAAAUAACAUCUGUCAGACAGUAGCUGAUAAGAGCGUCUGCUAAAUGACGUAAAUGUAAAUGUAAAUGUAGCGGUGCCUCUGCCAGGUGAGUGUAUCAGAUAGUAGCGGUGCCUCUGCCAGGUGAGUGUAUCAGAUAGUAGCGGUGCCUCUGCCAGGUGAGUGUAUCAGAUAGUAGCGGUGCCUCUGCCAGGUGAGUGUAUCAGAUAGUAGCGGUGCCUCUGCCAGGUGAGUGUAUCAGAUAGUAGCGGUGCCUCUGCCAGGUGAGUGUAUCAGAUAGUAGCGGUGCCUCUGCCAGGUGAGUGUAUCAGAUAGUAGCGGUGCCUCUGCCAGGUGAGUGUAUCAGAUAGUAGCGGUGCCUCUGCCAGGUGAGUGUAUCAGAUAGUAGCGGUGCCUCUGCCAGGUGAGUGUAUCAGAUAGUAGCGGUGCCUCUGCCAGGUGAGUGUAUCAGAUAGUAGCGGUGCCUCUGCCAGGUGAGUGUAUGCGUUUCUCACCCUGUACGUGUCCAUGUGUUUUCGGGUGUGUUUCAGGUGUACACAGCGUCGGGCCCCAAUGGAACCACAGGGAAAACCUUUAAAGUUCACCUCCAGCUCUGGGAUACAGCUGGACAGGAGAGGUACUGGAACUGCAUUGGAAAGCAUUGCAUAUAGCUCACAAAGUGUUACAAAUGUGCUUUAUAAUGCAUUAUAAAGAGAGAGGGUAGUCAUGGGAAUAGCUAUUUUACCUAAGCUUUGCUUAGCAUGAAAUCAUAGACAAACCACUGCUGCCAUUCAGUUUGUAGCUUGAUGUUUUGUUUAACUACACUAUCUCAAGCUCUCACGACGUGAGAUUCUCUCAAGGUAUCACUCCCCCUCCCCCUACCUUGUGAGAAUGAUGCUUGAUGUAGUUCUACAAGGCCUUAACAAGCCAUAACGAUCAGGCGUCUCCACAGCGUCUUCACAGAAUCUGGCUGUGAUGCUGGAGGGUCUGACACCUCCGUACGUACGAGAGAGAAACUGACGUGUCUUGUUCAUCUAAAAAAAAAAGCCUCAACGAGAGACAGACUGAGGCUGUGUCCCUAACGGGACCAUAUUCCCUAUGUUGUCCAGAGCCUGGAUAAAAGUUGUGCACUACAUAGGGAAUAGAGUGAAAGCUUCUUGAGAGUCAACCGCUCUACGUUCAAACCAGUUUUCAUUUUGGCACUCUUUAAAAAAAAAAAAAGUUUAGUGUAGUCUUAGUCAUUUUUACUGAAAUAAAGUCACAUUUUUGUCAUUUGAAUAAUGAUUGUCUAGUUAUUGUCAAAAUGAUUAAAACAACGGGCCAUUAUUAUUUGAAAAUUAUUACUAUUUUUAAAACAAGCCAUAUAAAGUUGGUUGCAAUUUCAGUUUAAUCCACCAGAAAAGACAGAACAAAUAAUACAACAAAUAUUGUGGUUAAACUGAAAUAUACUAAUUGAUUAAAAAAACAUAAUUUUUCCAUAACAUUUUAAUAAAAGGUAUAAUCUUUGUAAAUGAUAUCAUAAAUAGGACUGGUGGAGUAAUGUCAUACAUGCAGCGAACAAAAACAUAUGGAUAUGUCUGCUCUACCCAAAAUUACAACCAAAUAAUUGCAGCAUUACCGCGAAAAUGCAAGAGGAAAGUGGAAGGAGGAGAAAGUAAGGAACUUGUCUGUCGGCCCUGCAUUAAAGAACAUAAUUGGUUAAAGAAAAUUGUGAUAAAUAAAAAAUAAUACCAGUCAAAAGUUUUGACACACCUACUCAUUCAAGGGUUUUUCUUUAUUUUUACUAUUUUCUACAUUGUAGAAUAAUAGUGAAGACAUCAAAACUAUGAAAUAACACAUAUGGAAUCAUGUAGUAACCAAAAAAGUGUUAAACAAAUCAAAAUAUAUUUUAUAUUUGUGAUUCUUAAAAUAGCCACCCUUUGCCUUGAUGACAGCUUUGCACACUCUUGGCAUUCUCUGAACCAGCUUCACCUGGAAUGCUUUUCCAACAGUCUUGAAGGAGUUCCCACAUAUGCUGAGCACUUGUUGGCUGCUUUUCCUUCACUCUGCCGUCCGACUCAUCCCAAACCAUCUCAGUUGGGUUGAGGUCGGGGGAUUGUGGAGGCCAGGUCAUCUGAUGCAGCACUCCAUUACCCUCCUUCUUGGUAAAAUAGCCCUUACACAGCCUGGAGGUGUGUUGGGUCAUUGUCCUGUUGAAAAACAAAUGAUAGUCACACUAAGCCCAAACCAGAUGUGAUGGCGUAUCGCUGGAGAAUGCUGUGGUAGCCAUGCUGGUUAAGCGUGCCUUGAAUUCUAAAUAAAUCACAGACAGUGUCACCAGCAAAGCACCCCCACACCAUAUCACCACCUCCUCCAUGCUUUAUGGUGGGAACUACACAUGCAGAGAUUAUCCGUUCACCCACACCGUGUCUCACAAAGACAUGGCCGUUUGAACCAAAAAUCUCAAAUUUGUAUUCCAGACCAAAGGACACAUUUCCACCGGUCUAAUGUCCAUUGCUCGUGUUUCUUGGCCCAAGCAGGUCUCUUCUUCUUAUUGGUGUCCUUUAGUAGUGGUUUCUUUGCAGCAAUUCGACCACGAAGGCCUGAUUCACACAGUCCCCUCUGAACAGUUGAUGUUGAGAUGUGUCUGUUACUUGAACACUGUGAAGCAUUUAUUUGGGCUGCAAUUUCUGAGGCUGUUAACUCUAAUGAACUUAUCGUCUGCAGCAGAGGUAACUCUGGGUCUUCCAUUCCUGUGGCGGUCCUCAUGAGAGCCAGUUUCACCAUAGCGCUUGAUGGUUUUUGCGACUGCACUUGAAGGAACUUUAAAAGUUCUUGAAAUGUUCCGUAUUGACUGACCUUCAUGUCUUAAAGUAAUGAUGGACUGAGUUUCUCUUUGCUUAUUUGAGCUGUUCUUGCCAUAAUAUGGACUUACUCUUUUACCAAAUAGGGCUAUCUUCUGUAUACCCUCCCUACCUUGUCACAACACAACUGAUUGGCUCAAAGGCAUGAAGAAGGAAAUAAAUUCCACAAAAUAACUUUUAAGAAGGCACACCUGUUAAUUGAAAUGCUGUCACGACUUCCGCCGAGGCUGCCUCCCCUCAUUGUUCGGGCAGGUUUCGGCGUUCGUCGUCACCGGCUUACUAGCUGCUGCCGAUCCAUUUAUCAUCACUCCACUAGUCUUGUCUAAUUAAUCACACACACCUGGUCCUUAUCCCCAAUUAGUCAUUGUAUAAGUGUUCCCUCUGCUUCCUUGUCUGUGUGGGUGAUUGUUUGUAGUGAGCUGUGUGUGGCUCGGUUGAGCUGCCCUUACCUUAUUGUUGCCAGGGUAGAUAUUUCCCCUGUGCCUGAGUUUUGUUGUCUCAAUUGUGCUUUCACUGUUUAUCGACGGAAUAAACUUUUUGGAUGCAUAUUACUCUCCUGCGCCUGAAUGCAUUACAAAUGCAUUCCAGGUGACUACCUCAUGAAGCUGGUUGAGAGAAUGCCAAGAGUGUGCAAAGCUGUCAUCAAUGCAAAGGGUGGCUACUUUGAAGAAUCUCAAAUAUAAAAUAUAUUUUGAUUUGUUUAACACUUUUUUGGUUACUAAAUGAUUCCAUAUGUGUUAUUUCAUAGCUUUGAUGUCUUCACUAUUAUUCUACAAUGUAGAAAAUAGUAAAAAUAAAGAAAACCCUUGAAUGAGUAGGUGUGCCCAAACGUUUGACUGGUACUGUAUAUAUAUAUUUACCCAAAAAUAUAUGUGGGAUUGGAAAUUAUGCAGACAAUUACAUUGAUGGAAGCUACAAACUAUCUGCAAUAUUAAAGUUGAUCUACCCCCCAAAACAACAAAAAUAUAUAGGAAAAUGCAUAUGCAUCGGCUCUAAUAUGUGUAAGAGUGUUCUACAUGCAACGUAUUAAAUGUUUUGAAUAAAUCGUCACCUUAGAAAGCGUUCAUUUCGUUGUUUUGGCUUUGACACAACAUCCACAACGACCAUGUUUCCCACUCAGUUUCAACCUGUUGUUGAACUUCUUUCUCCAAAUUGAUGUAAAAAAUGUUUUGCCUAAUGGUGAGUUUUAAAAAGCAUUAUGUUUUGAUGAUUAGUGUUUCGUGUGAUUUUCGAUUGCAUUUGCAUUGACGUCAGAGUGGUUAGAGGGACAGUAGAGCCCUGAGUACCAGGCCAUUAGGACCUGAUGGUUAGAGGGACAGUAGAGCCCUGAGUACCAGGCCAUUAGGACCUGAUGGUUAGAGGGACAGUAGAGCCCUGAGUACCAGGCCAUUAGGACCUGAUGGUUAGAGGGACAGUAGAGCCCUGAGUACCAGGCCAUUAGGACCUGAUGGUUAGAGGGACAGUAGAGCCCUGAGUACCAGGCCAUUAGGACCUGAUGGUCAGAGGGACAAUAGAGCCCUGAGUAGCAGGCCAUUAGGACCUGAUGGUUAGAGGGACAAUAGAGCCCUGAGUACCAGGCCAUUAGGACCUGAUGGUUAGAGGGACAGUAGAGCCCUGAGUACCAGGCCAUUAGGACCUGAUGGUUAGAGGGACAGUAGAGCCCUGAGUAGCAGGCCAUUAGGACCUGAUGGUUAGAGGGACAGUAGAGCCCUGAGUACCAGGCCAUUAGGACCUGAUGGUUAGAGGGACAGUAGAGCCCUGAGUACCAGGCCAUUAGGACCUGAUGGUUAGAGGGACAGUAGAGCCCUGAGUACCAGGCCAUUAGGACCUGAUGGUUAGAGGGACAGUAGAGCCCUGAGUAGCAGGCCAUUAGCGACCUGAUGAGCGUUAGCGAGUUGGGUGCUACCAACGCAUGUCCAGAGUGCAUAAAAGGAGAUUACCGUGACUCAACGGUCAUGUGGAAUUUUGACUGCGGUCACGACUCAUGACGGGUGGUGUGGCGGUAAUAUGGUCACCGCAAUGGUCCUCUGUGCUCCAGUCCAAGUCCGAGUCACCAAUUGUCGAGUCACGAGUCCCUAUGGCUGAAGUCCGAGUCCCAGUGCUCCAGUCCGAGUCACUGAGUCCAAAUAAAGUUAUUAACCAGUCAGAUAUAGUGUAGUGGUAAGAGGAGUUAUUAACCAGUCAGAUAUAGUGGUAAGAGGAGUUAUUAAUCAGUCAGAUAUAGUGUAGUGGUGAGAGGAGUUAUUAACCAGUCAGAUAUAGUGGUAAGAGGAGUUAUUAAUCAGUCAGAUAUAGUGUAGUGGUAAGAGGAGUUAUUAACCCAGUCAGAUAUAGUGUAGUGGUAAGAGGAGUUAUUAACCCAGUCAGAUAUAGUGUAGUGGUAAGGGGAGUUAUUAACCCAGUCAGAUAUAGUGUAGUGGUAAGAGGAGUUAUUAACCCAGUCAGAUAUAGUGUAGUGGUAAGAGGAGUUAUUAACCAGUCAGAUAUAGUGUAAUGGUAAGAGGAGUUAUUAACCAGUCAGAUAUAGUGUAGUGGUAAGAGGAGUUAUUAACCCAGUCAGAUAUAGUGUAAUGGUAAGAGGAGUUAUUAACCAGUCAGAUAUAGUGUAGUGGUAAGAGGAGUUAUUAACCAGUCAGAUAUAGUGUAGUGGUAAGAGGAGUUAUUAAACCAGUCAGAUAUAGUGUAGUGGUAAGAGGAGUUAUUAACCCAGUCAGAUAUAGUGUAGUGGUAAGAGGAGUUAUUAACCAGUCAGAUAUAGUGUAGUGGUAAGAGGAGUUAUUAACCCAGUCAGAUAUAGUGUAGUGGUAAGAGGAGUUAUUAACCAGUCAGAUAUAGUGUAGUGGUAAGAGGAGUUAUUAACCAGUCAGAUAUAGUGUAGUGGUAAGAGGAGUUAUUAACCCAGUCAGAUAUAGUGUAGCGGUAAGAGGAGUUAUUAACCCAGUCAGAUAUAGUGUAGUGGUAAGAGGAGUUAUUAACCAGUCAGAUAUAGUGUAAUGGUAAGAGGAGUUAUUAACCAGUCAGAUAUAGUGUAGCGGUAAGAGGAGUUAUUAACCCAGUCAGAUAUAGUGUAGUGGUAAGAGGAGUUAUUAACCAGUCAGAUAUAGUGUAAUGGUAAGAGGAGUUAUUAACCAGUCAGAUAUAGUGUAGUGGUAAGAGGAGUUAUUAACCCAGUCAGAUAUAGUGUAGUGGUAAGAGGAGUUAUUAACCAGUCAGAUAUAGUGUAGUGGUAAGAGGAGUUAUUAACCAGUCAGAUAUAGUGUAGUGGUAGAGGAGUUAUUAACCAGUCAGAUAUAGUGUAGUGGUAGGAGGAGUUAUUAACCCAGUCAGAUAUAGUGUAGUGGUAAGAGGAGUUAUUAACCCAGUCAGAUAUAGUGUAGUGGUAAGAGGAGUUAUUAACCAGUCAGAUAUAGUGGUAAGAGGAGUUAUUAACCCAGUCAGAUAUAGUGUAGUGGUAAGAGGAGUUAUUAACCCAGUCAGAUAUAGUGGUAAGAGGAGUUAUUAACCCAGUCAGAUAUAGUGUAGUGGUAAGAGGAGUUAUUAACCCAGUCAGAUAUAGUGGUAAGAGGAGUUAUUAACCCAGUCAGAUAUAGUGUAGUGGUAAGAGGAGUUAUUAACCAGUCAGAUAUAGUGUAGUGGUAAGAGGAGUUAUUAACCAGUCAGAUAUAGUGUAGUGGUAAGAGGAGUUAUUAACCCAGUCAGAUAUAGUGUAGUGGUAAGAGGAGUUAUUAACCAGUCAGAUAUAGUGUAGUGGUGAGAGGAGUUAUUAACCAGUCAGAUAUAGUGUAGUGGUAAGAGGAGUUAUUAACCCAGUCAGAUAUAGUGUAGUGGUAAGAGGAGUUAUUAACCCAGUCAGAUAUAGUGUAGUGGUAAGAGGAGUUAUUAACCCAGUCAGAUAUAGUGUAGUGGUAAGAGGAGUUAUUAACCCAGUCAGAUAUAGUGUAGUGGUAAGAGGAGUUAUUAACCAGUCAGAUAUAGUGUAGUGGUAAGAGGAGUUAUUAACCCAGUCAGAUAUAGUGUAGUGGUAAGAGGAGUUAUUAACCAGUCAGAUAUAGUGUAGUGGUAAGAGGAGUUAUUAACCCAGUCAGAUAUAGUGUAGUGGUAAGAGGAGUUAUUAACCCAGUCAGAUAUAGUGUAGUGGUAAGAGGAGUUAUUAACCCAGUCAGAUAUAGUGUAGUGGUAAGAGGAGUUAUUAACCAGUCAGAUAUAGUGUAGUGGUAAGAGGAGUUAUUAACCCAGUCAGAUAUAGUGUAGUGGUAAGAGGAGUUAUUAACCAGUCAGAUAUAGUGUAGUGGUAAGAGGAGUUAUUAACCAGUCAGAUAUAGUGUAGUGGUAAGAGGAGUUAUUAACCAGUCAGAUAUAGUGUAGUGGUAAGAGGAGUUAUUAACCCAGUCAGAUAUAGUGUAGUGGUAAGAGGAGUUAUUAACCCAGUCAGAUAUAGUGUAGUGGUAAGAGGAGUUAUUAACCCAGUCAGAUAUAGUGUAGUGGUAAGAGGAGUUAUUAACCCAGUCAGAUAUAGUGGUAAGAGGAGUUAUUAACCCAGUCAGAUAUAGUGUAGUGGUAAGAGGAGUUAUUAACCCAGUCAGAUAUAGUGUAGUGGUAAGAGGAGUUAUUAACCAGUCAGAUAUAGUGUAGUGGUAAGAGGAGUUAUUAACCCAGUCAGAUAUAGUGUAGUGGUAAGAGGAGUUAUUAACCAGUCAGAUAUAGUGUAGUGGUAAGAGGAGUUAUUAACCCAGUCAGAUAUAGUGUAGUGGUAAGAGGAGUUAUUAACCCAGUCAGAUAUAGUGUAGUGGUAAGAGGAGUUAUUAACCAGUCAGAUAUAGUGUAGUGGUAAGAGGAGUUAUUAACCAGUCAGAUAUAGUGUAGUGGUAAGAGGAGUUAUUAACCCAGUCAGAUAUAGUGUAGUGGUAAGAGGAGUUAUUAACCCAGUCAGAUAUAGUGUAGUGGUAAGAGGAGUUAUUAACCAGUCAGAUAUAGUGUAGUGGUAAGAGGAGUUAUUAACCCAGUCAGAUAUAGUGUAGUGGUAAGAGGAGUUAUUAACCAGUCAGAUAUAGUGUAGUGGUAAGAGGAGUUAUUAACCAGUCAGAUAUAGUGUAGUGGUAAGAGGAGUUAUUAACCCAGUCAGAUAUAGUGUAGUGGUAAGAGGAGUUAUUAACCCAGUCAGAUAUAGUGUAGUGGUAAGAGGAGUUAUUAACCAGUCAGAUAUAGUGUAGGGAGUUAUUAACCCAGUCAGAUAUAGUGUAGUGGUAAGAGGAGUUAUUAACCCAGUCAGAUAUAGUGUAGUGGUAAGAGGAGUUAUUAACCAGUCAGAUAUAGUGUAGUGGUAAGAGGAGUUAUUAACCAGUCAGAUAUAGUGUAGUGGUAAGAGGAGUUAUUAACCAGUCAGAUAUAGUGUAGUGGUAAGAGGAGUUAUUAACCCAGUCAGAUAUAGUGUAGUGGUAAGAGGAGUUAUUAACCCAGUCAGAUAUAGUGUAGUGGUAAGAGGAGUUAUUAACCCAGUCAGAUAUAGUGUAGUGGUAAGAGGAGUUAUUAACCAGUCAGAUAUAGUGUAGUGGUAAGAGGAGUUAUUAACCCAGUCAGAUAUAGUGUAGUGGUAAGAGGAGUUAUUAACCAGUCAGAUAUAGUGUAGUGGUAAGAGGAGUUAUUAACCCAGUCAGAUAUAGUGUAGUGGUAAGAGGAGUUAUUAACCCAGUCAGAUAUAGUGUAGUGGUAAGAGGAGUUAUUAACCCAGUCAGAUAUAGUGUAGUGGUAAGAGGAGUUAUUAACCAGUCAGAUAUAGUGUAGUGGUAAGAGGAGUUAUUAACCCAGUCAGAUAUAGUGUAGUGGUAAGAGGAGUUAUUAACCCAGUCAGAUAUAGUGUAGUGGUAAGAGGAGUUAUUAACCCAGUCAGAUAUAGUGUAGUGGUAAGAGGAGUUAUUAACCAGUCAGAUAUAGUGUAGUGGUAAGAGGAGUUAUUAACCAGUCAGAUAUAGUGUAGUGGUAAGAGGAGUUAUUAACCCAGUCAGAUAUAGUGUAGUGGUAAGAGGAGUUAUUAACCCAGUCAGAUAUAGUGUAGUGGUAAGAGGAGUUAUUAACCAGUCAGAUAUAGUGUAGUGGUAAGAGGAGUUAUUAACCCAGUCAGAUAUAGUGUAGUGGUAAGAGGAGUUAUUAACCCAGUCAGAUAUAGUGUAGUGGUAAGAGGAGUUAUUAACCCAGUCAGAUAUAGUGUAGUGGUAAGAGGAGUUAUUAACCAGUCAGAUAUAGUGUAGUGGUAAGAGGAGUUAUUAACCCAGUCAGAUAUAGUGUAGUGGUAAGAGGAGUUAUUAACCCAGUCAGAUAUAGUGUAGUGGUAAGAGGAGUUAUUAACCCAGUCAGAUAUAGUGUAGUGGUAAGAGGAGUUAUUAACCCAGUCAGAUAUAGUGUAGUGGUAAGAGGAGUUAUUAACCCAGUCAGAUAUAGUGUAGUGGUAAGAGGAGUUAUUAACCCAGUCAGAUAUAGUGUAGUGGUAAGAGGAGUUAUUAACCCAGUCAGAUAUAGUGUAGUGGUAAGAGGAGUUAUUAACCCAGUCAGAUAUAGUGUAGUGGUAAGAGGAGUUAUUAACCAGUCAGAUAUAGUGUAGUGGUAAGAGGAGUUAUUAACCCAGUCAGAUAUAGUGUAGUGGUAAGAGGAGUUAUUAACCAGUCAGAUAUAGUGUAGUGGUAAGAGGAGUUAUUAACCAGUCAGAUAUAGUGUAGUGGUAAGGGGAGUUAUUAACCAGUCAGAUAUAGUUGUAGUGGUAAGAGGAGUUAUUAACCCAGUCAGAUAUAGUGUAGUGGUAAGAGGAGUUAUUAACCCAGUCAGAUAUAGUGUAGUGGUAUGAGGAGUUAUUAACCAGUCAGAUAUAGUGUAGUGGUAAGAGGAGUUAUUAACCCAGUCAGAUAUAGUGUAAUGGUAAGAGGAGUUAUUAACCAGUCAGAUAUAGUGUAGUGGUAAGAGGAGUUAUUAACCCAGUCAGAUAUAGUGUAGUGGUAAGAGGAGUUAUUAACCCAGUCAGAUAUAGUGUAGUGGUAAGAGGAGUUAUUAACCAGUCAGAUAUAGUGUAGUGGUAAGAGGAGUUAUUAACCAGUCAGAUAUAGUGUAGUGGUAAGAGGAGUUAUUAACCCAGUCAGAUAUAGUGUAGUGGUAAGAGGAGUUAUUAACCCAGUCAGAUAUAGUGUAGUGGUAAGAGGAGUUAUUAACCAGUCAGAUAUAGUGUAGUGGUAAGAGGAGUUAUUAACCCAGUCAGAUAUAGUGUAGUGGUAAGAGGAGUUAUUAACCCAGUCAGAUAUAGUGUUAGUGGUAAGAGGAGUUAUUUAACCCAGUCAGAUUAUAGUGUAGUGGUAAGAGGAGUUAUUAACCAGUCAGAUAUAGUGUAGUGGUAAGAGGAGUUAUUAACCCAGUCAGAUAUAGUGUAGUGGUAAGAGGAGUUAUUAACCCAGUCAGAUAUAGUGUAGUGGUAAGAGGAGUUAUUAACCCAGUCAGAUAUAGUGUAGUGGUAAGAGGAGUUUAUUAACCCAGUCAGAUAUAGUGUAGUGGUAAGAGGAGUUAUUAACCCAGUCAGAUAUAGUGUAGUGGUAAGAGGAGUUAUUAACCAGUCAGAUAUAGUGUAGUGGUAAGAGGAGUUAUUAAACCCAGUCAGAUAUAGUGUAGUGGUAAGAGGAGUUAUUAACCCAGUCAGAUAUAGUGUAGUGGUAAGAGGAGUUAUUAAACCAGUCAGAUAUAGUGUAGUGGUAAGAGGAGUUAUUAACCCAGUCAGAUAUAGUGUAGUGGUAAGAGGAGUUAUUAACCCAGUCAGAUAUAGUGUAGUGGUAAGAGGAGUUAUUAACCAGUCAGAAUAUAGUGUAGUGGUAAGAGGAGUUAUUAACCCACAGUCAGUAUAGUGUGUUAGUGGUAAGAGGAGUUAUUAAACCCAAGUCUAGAUAUAGUGUAGUGGUAGAGGAGGAGUUAUUAACACGUCAGAUAUAGUGUAGUGGUAAUCAGAGGAGUUAUUACCAGUCAGAUCUAGUGUAGUGGUAGAGGAGUUAUUAACCCAGUCAGAUAUAGUGUAGUGGUAAGAGGAGUUAUUAACCAGUCAGAUAUAGUUAAUGGUAAGAGGGUUAUUAACCCAGUAUGGUAGUGUAGAGAGUAUACAGUCGAUUAGUGUAGUGGUAAGAGGAGUUAUUAACCCAGUCAGAUAUAGUGUAGUGGUAAGAGGAGUUAUUAACCAGUCAGAUAUAGUGUAGUGGUAAGAGGAGUUAUUAACCCAGUCAGAUAUAGUGUAGUGGUAAGAGGAGUUAUUAACCCAGUGUCACGGUCGUUGAAGGACGGGUCAGGCCAAGGAGCAGCGUGAAUUGCAUACAUGUUUAUUCACCGAUAAACACACGAACAAAAACAACAAACCAACGAAACGUGAAGUCCUCAGGCUAAACUCUAACACGGAACAAGAUCCCACAACUAAUGACAGGCUGCCUAAGUAUGAGCCCCAAUCAGAGACAACGAACGACAGCUGCCUCUGAUUGGGAAUCACACCUGGCCAAACAUAGACAUACACAACCUAGAAUGCAACAUAGAAAUACUAACAUAGAAUAUCCACACCCUGACUCAACAUACAAGUGUCCCAUGAGUCAGGGUGUGACAACCAGUCAGAUAUAGUGUAGAUCCUGGAUAUGAAAUGCAGUCAGGAAAGUGGGAGGGUUGAACAAGAUUACAAAUUCAAAAGACAGACUACUUUUCUAUACUCAAGUGGGAGAAAAACAUAGCUAGACUGUUGUUUUACUAUUAAACUCAAUGCUGCUAUUGUUUUUAAUUUCGUAAAGCAGCUUGUGUUUCUUAACCAGGCAAAGGGUAGCUAACCAGAAGGCUGGUGGUCACUGGUUAGCUACGGGGAAGCAAGAGAGUCGCCAGCGCGAUGUGUAUAAUCGUAGGCGGAGCCGGAGCGGAGCCUGUCUGCCUGUCUGCCCACACUCAUCGCUUGCUCCCCCGCAGCUCACCAGCUGAUGUAGGCUGUGUGUGCAGGGUGUGGCGUCCACUGCUGAACAGAACGGCGCAUCUGUGCUGCUAAUAUUAAUUGUGCUUGUCACUGAAAAGCUCUCAAUCUCUCCAAAAACUCUUGUCCAGUAAACUUGUAGUCAGAUUUUAGUCAGAGAUAAUUUUGUCUCGUCUCGUUUUAGUCAACUGAAAUGAAAAAUAAUUUUCGAUUAGUUCCAGUUUUGUUUAGUCAGUUGUAGUCUCAUCAAUUGCCACUGAAAAAUAGGUGUUUGACAAAUAUUUUAGUCAGUAUUUUUGACGCAAUGAACAAUGGCUCAAACUCCUUGAGCCUCUUCUCAGACAACUGAUGGUUGAAGAGUAGAUUAGCCUACAUCCUUAUUCCCUAUAUAGUCCACUACUUUUGACCAGGGCCCACAUUGACAGAGAUAUAUUCAGUAUAUGUGACCCAUGCGGGAAUCGAACCCAAAACUGAUGUUGCCAUCACCAUUCUCAAACCUUCUCUGAGCCAGUCCUCGGCUGAUUGGUGUCAGACGUUUCCCCGGCCCUAGCUAACAAACCUUGUUAAAAUAAUAGGAUUGUAAACUGGAGACCUGGGGCAGAAUUGUGUCACCAUCCCGGUUCUAAAUUGGAACGCCAUUUGUAAAGGUCUGUUGUUGACCCCCCAGGUCCAGGAGUCUAACCACAGCAUUCUAUUUGUAAAGGUCUGUUGUUGUCCCCCCCCAGGUCCAGGAGUCUAACCACAGCAUUCUAUUUGUAAAGGUCUGUUGUUGACCCCCCCAGGUCCAGGAGUCUAACCACAGCAUUCUAUUUGUAAAGGUCUGUUGUUGCCCCCCCCCAGGUCCAGGAGUCUAACCACAGCAUUCUAUUUGUAAAGGUCUGUUGUUGACCCCCCCAGGUCCAGGAGUCUAACCACAGCAUUCUAUUUGUAAAGGUCUGUUGUUGACCCCCCCCAGGUCCAGGAGUCUAACCACAGCAUUCUAUUUGUAAACGUCUGUUGUUGACCCCCCAGGUCCAGGAGUCUAACCACAGCAUUCUAUUUGUAAACGUCUGUUGUUGACCCCCCCCAGGUCCAGGAGUCUAACCACAGCCUUCUAUUUGUAAAGGUCUGUUGUUGACCCCCCAGGUCCAGGAGUCUAACCACAGCAUUCUAUUUGUAAAGGUCUGUUGUUGACCCCCCCCAGGUCCAGGAGUCUAACCACAGCAUUCUAUUUGUAAAGGUCUGUUGUUGACCCCCCAGGUCCAGGAGUCUAACCACAGCAUUCUAUUUGUAAAGGUCUGUUGUUGACCCCCCCCAGGUCCAGGAGUCUAACCACAGCAUUCUAUUUGUAAAGGUCUGUUGUUGACCCCCCCAGGUCCAGGAGUCUAACCACAGCCUUCUAUUUGUAAAGGUCUGUUGUUGACCCCCCAGGUCCAGGAGUCUAACCACAGCAUUCUAUUUGUAAAGGUCUGUUGUUGCCCCCCCCCCAGGUCCAGGAGUCUAACCACAGCAUUCUAUUUGUAAAGGCCUGUUGUUGACCCCCCCAGGUCCAGGAGUCUAACCACAGCAUUCUAUUUGUAAAGGUCUGUUGUUGACCCCCCCCAGGUCCAGGAGUCUAACCACAGCAUUCUAUUUGUAAACGUCUGUUGUUGACCCCCCAGGUCCAGGAGUCUAACCACAGCAUUCUAUUUGUAAAGGUCUGUUGUUGACCCCCCAGGUCCAGGAGUCUAACCACAGCAUUCUAUUUGUAAAGGUCUGUUGUUGACCCCCCAGGUCCAGGAGUCUAACCACAGCAUUCUAUUUGUAAACGUCUGUUGUUGACCCCCCAGGUCCAGGAGUCUAACCACAGCAUUCUAUUUGUAAAGGUCUGUUGUUGACCCCCCAGGUCCAGGAGUCUAACCACAGCAUUCUAUUUGUAAACGUCUGUUGUUGCCCCCCCCCAGGUCCAGGAGUCUAACCACAGCAUUCUAUUUGUAAAGGUCUGUUGUUGACCCCCCCAGGUCCAGGAGUCUAACCACAGCAUUCUAUUUGUAAACGUCUGUUGUUGACCCCCCAGGUCCAGGAGUCUAACCACAGCAUUCUAUUUGUAAAGGUCUGUUGUUGACCCCCCAGGUCCAGGAGUCUAACCACAGCCUUCUAUUUGUAAAGGUCUGUUGUUGACCCCCCAGGUCCAGGAGUCUAACCACAGCAUUCUAUCUGUAAACGUCUGUUGUUGACCCCCCAGGUCCAGGAGUCUAACCACAGCAUUCUAUUUGUAAACGUCUGUUGUUGACCCCCCAGGUCCAGGAGUCUAACCACAGCCUUCUAUUUGUAAAGGUCUGUUGUUGACCCCCCAGGUCCAGGAGUCUAACCACAGCAUUCUAUCUGUAAACGUCUGUUGUUGUCCCCUCCCAGGUUCAGGAGUCUAACCACAGCCUUCUUCAGAGAUGCUAUGGGCUUCCUUCUCAUGUUUGACCUCACCAGCCAACAGAGCUUUCUCAACGUCCGCAACUGGAUGAGUAAGUUGUGGUCUAGGUACACACACACACACACACACACACUCACUCUUGAGAUAAUAUAUGCCAUUUAGCAGACACUUUUUUCCAAAGCAACUCAUGUGUGCAUACAUUGUUCUCAUGGGUGUCCCCAACGGGAAUCAAACCCAUUACCAUUGGCGAUGCAAGCGCCAUGCUCUACCAACUGAGCUACACAGGACCACUUUACAAGAAACUUAUCUUCUAAACACCAGCAUGCUUCAACCUGAAUGGUACAGAACAUGGCCAGGCCAAGGUUGGGGAUUCAGUCAAUUCACUUAUUCAAUUGAAUAGAAAUACAAAGUUUCCCCCCUUACCUUUACUUAACCAGUCAGUUAAUAACACAUUCUUAUUGACAGUGACAUCCUGGCAUUUGAAAGGAAGACAGUUUCAUUAAGGAGGUAUUGGAAGAGCAGACAGCUCCUCAGUGAUCAAUAUGAAUCAAUCCUCUAAUCAUCCUCAGAUCUAGGCCUGGAUUGAGGGCACAGGAAGUAGGCGAAGGUUAGUAGUAAACUGUUUUCUGGAGAAGGGAAAACGCAGACCUGAGUUAGCGAGGCCCAGUCCAGCGUUGGCGAGGCCCAGUCCAGCGUUGGCGAGACCCAGUCCAGAGUUAGCAAGGCCCAGUCCAGAGUUGGCGAGGCCCAGUCCAGAGUUAGCGAGGCCCAGUCCAGAGUUAGCGAGGCCCAGUCCAGCGUUGGCGAGGCCCAGUCCAGCGUUGGCGAGGCCCAGUCCAGCGUUGGCGAGACCCAGUCCAGCGUUGGCGAGACCCAGUCCAGCGUUGGCGAGACCCAGUCCAGAGUUAGCAAGGCCCAGUCCAGAGUUGGCGAGGCCCAGUCCAGCGUUGGCGAGGCCCAGUCCAGCGUUGGCGAGACCCAGUCCAGAGUUAGCGAGGCCCAGUCCAGAGUUGGCGAGGCCCAGUCCAGCAUUGGCGAGGCCCAGUCCAUCGUUGGCGAGACCCAGUCCAGAGUUAGCGAGGCCCAGUCCAGAGUUGCCGAGGCCCAGUCCAGCGUCCAGUCCAGCGUUGGCGAGGCCCAGUCCAGCGUUGGCGAGGCCCAGUCCAGCGUUGGCGAGGCCCAGUCCAGCAUUGGCGAGGCCCAGUCCAGAGUUGGCGAGGCCCAGUCCAGCGUUGGCGAGACCCAGUCCAGCGUUGGCGAGGCCAGGUCCAGUGGUUCAAAACAUAAAAAAAAAAAAAGUUAUCCUCACCCUGUAUUACUCUUGAUACAAUACUUGUAUUAAUUAGCCAAUGUUUUGACAGCAAGCUGCCUUCAUCAGGAUUUCAGAGUAUUAGUAUUCAGCUGUGGCAUUCUGUACUCUAAUCACCCUGAUUUAAUGUAAACCAAUCAGGGUUUAGGCCUGGGCAUAGCACUAUUACAGAAACCACUUUAGUUGUUAAUUAUCUUGUCAACGCUUUAGACACUAAAAGGAAAUGUGCUGUUUUGUUUGUGGACCUGUCAAAAGCUUUUCAUUCUGUUGAUCGUGCUAUUUUAUUGAAUAAGUUGUCCUCGACAGGCCUAGACACAUAGUUGACAGGCUACAGAAAACGGCUACAAUAAUGCAAAGGAGAUCGGAAUGAAAUUAACUAAACAUCUGGGAAAGUGAGAGAGUGGGGCCUUCCUCACGUUUCACUGAAACACUCAAAUAUAACUCUCCCAACUUCCACUUUAGAAAUUAUAAUUGUUGUAAACUACAGCGGUUCAAUGUUUUCUAGGAAUAGACUCUAACUUAGUUUAUUCAGCUAGCUAACUUGGUACAGUAUUCUUCCGCGAAAACCGUCCAGGGCAUCGAAUCCUAUGACGCCAUAGCCAACUAGCAUGCCAGCCUCCAAUAACACGGUUUAGCACCAAUACUCAGUUACAACAAACCACCAGUGUGUUAACACGCCAAGCAGAUCAUUCGUGUCCGUGUCUAACGUUGUGUAAAGUUUUGGGUUAGUUUUGACAGUUUGAGUGAGUCCGUCGUCAACAUAUUCAGCCAGUUAGUUAGCUAGAAUAGUUAGCAUACUAGCUAGCCAUUGCUCUCUGCCAACGAAAAAAACCCUCCUCCCACGGCACGAACACACAGAGAGAGCCAAGCUAACGUUAACUAGUCACCCAUGUCCCGAAUUCCCUUGAACGACUCUGGUUACCAGUAUGUAAAAACAAAACACAAAUGUAGGUUAUAACUUACCCUUAGUUAGCCAGUUACUGUUAGCCAGUUAAGUGCAAAGCUAGCCACUGAAUCGAUUCAGCCAGUUCGCGACUGUUCGCUAGGUCGUUCCAGCCAUUGUUUAGUAGCUAUCCAGGUAGCAACAAGCUAGCUACAUUUCGAGUACAGUAGCUACUAACUACCUAACGUUAACGCUUCAGAUAAUGAGGUUAGAAAAACAGCUGAACGGUAGGCAGCUAGCAGGCACAAUUACAGGUACACAAUUCUCCCUCUCGUGUCAUAUUCACCCUGAGCAGUGGGCCUGUUCUGCCACUGGGUCAGAGUCUCUCCUCCUCUCCUCUCCCCCCAUACAUCUCUACAUUACUCCCUUUUUGUUUACAAGAACCUACUUCAUAAACUUCCAUCUUAUCCAACAUUGCUGUUGAAGUAUAGACACCUGAGUUGCCUAAGCCGUUCACAGGAUUGGUUCACUCUUGAGGUUCCUAGGGUCUCCACCUAGCUAGGUAAAUCUGUUUUUAGUUGUGAUGCACCGUAUUUCUGGAACAAAAUUCUUUAUACAUUUCAUCUUGAUGUUCUGGUGCCGUUCGGGCAAUUUAAAGUAUUGACUGGGUACUUAUUUGUGGAGGAAUGUAACUGUUUUUCUGGGUGAUUUGUGAUGUUUUAUUUGUGCUUCCCAUGACUGUGUUUUUCUAUUCUAAUGUGUGUGUACAUACAGUGUAUAUGUAUAUAUAUAUACUGUAUAUAUAUAUAUAUACACACAGUACCAGUCAAAAGUUUGGACACACCUACUCAUUCAAGGGUUUUUCUUUAUUUUUACUAUUUUCUACAUUGUAUAAUAAUAGUGAAGACAUCAAAACUAUGAAAUAACACAUAUGGAAUCAUGUAGUAACCAAAGAAGUGUUAAACAUAUCAAAAUAUAUUUGAGAUUCUUCAAAUAGUCACCCUUUGCCUUGAUAACAGCUUUGCACACUCUUGGCAUUCUCUCAACCAGCUUCACCUGGAAUGCUUUUCCAACCGUCUUGAAGGAGUUCCCACAUAUACUGAGCACUUGUUGGCUGCUUUUCCUUCACUCUGCCGUCCGACUCAUCCCAAACCAUCUCAAUUGGGUUGAGGUCGGGGGAUUGUGGAGGCCAGGUCAUCUGAUGCAGCACUCCAUCACUCUCCUUCUUGGUCAAAUAGCCCUUACUCAGCCUGGAGGUGUGUUUGGUCAUUAUCCUGUUGAAAAACAAAUGACAGUCCCACUAAGCCCAAACCAGAUGGGAUGGCAUAUCACUGCAGAAUGCUGUGGUGGACAUGCUGGUUAAGUGUGCCUUGAAUUCUAAAUAAAUCACAGACAGUGUCACCAGCAAAGCACCCCCAAACCAUAACACCUCCUCCUCCAUGCUUUACGGUGGGAACUACACAUGCGGAGAUCAUCCGUUCACCCACACCGCGUCUCACAAAGACAUGGCGGUUGGAACCAAAAAUCUUGUGUUUCUUGGCCCAAGCAGGUCACUUCUUCUUAUUGGUGUCCUUUAGUAGUGGUUUCUUUGCAGCAAAUCGACCAUGAAUGCCUGAUUCACACAGUCCCCUCUGAACAGUUGAUGUUGAGAUGUGUCUGUGACUUGAACUCUGUGAAGCAUUUAUUUGGGCUGCAAUUUCUGAGGCUGGUAACUCUAAUGAAUGUAUCCUCUGCAGCAGAGGUGACUCUGGGUCUUCCAUUCCUGUGGCGGUCCUCAUGAGAGCCAGUUUCAUCAUACGCUUGAUGGUUUUUGCGACUGCACUUGAAGAAACUUUCAAAGUUGUUGAUAUUUUCCGUAUUGACUGACCUUCAUGUCUUAAAGUAAUGAUGGACUGUAGUUUCUCUUUGCUUAUUUUAGCUGUUCUUGCCAUAAUAUGGACUUUGUCUUUCACAUACAGUACAUUCAGAAAGUAUUUAGACCCCUUGACUUUUUCCACAUUUUGUUACGCUACAGCCUUAUUCUAAAAUGGUUUAAAUAGUUUUUUCCCCCUCAUCAAUCUACACACAAUACCCCUUAGUGACAAAGCAAAAACUGAAAUGUCACAUUUACAUAAGUAUUCAGACCCUUUACUCAGUACUUUGUUGAAGCACCUUUGGCAGCGAUUACAGACUCAAGUCUUCUUGGGUAUGACGCUACAAGCUUGGCACACCUUUUUUGGGGGAGUUUCUCCCAUUCUUCUCUGCAGAUCCUCCCAAGCUCUGUCAGGUUGGAUGGGGAGCGUUGCUGCACAGCUAUUUUCAGGUCUCUCCAGAGAUGUUUGAUCGGGUUCAAGUCCGGGCUCUGGCUGGGCCACUCAAGGACAUUCAGAGACUUGUCCCGAAGCCACUCCUGCGUUGUCUUGGCUGUGUGCUUUGGGUCGUUGUCCUGUUGGAAGGUGAACCUUCGCCCUGAGCGCUCUGGAGCAGGUUUUCAUCAAGGAUCUCUCUGUACUUUGCUCCGUUCAUCUUUCCCUCGAUCCUGACUAGUCUCCCAGUCCCUGCUGCUGAAAAACUUUCCCACAGCAGGAUGCUGCCACCACCAUGCUUCACCGUAGGGAUGGUGCCAGGUUUCCUCCACAUGUGACACUUGGCAUUCAGGCCAAAGAGUUCAAUCUUGGUUUCAUCAGACCAGAUAAACUUUUUUCUCAUGUUCUAAGAGUCAUUUAGGUGCCUUUUGGCAAACUCCAAGCGGGCUGUCAUGUGCCUUUUACUGAGGAUUCUGUCUGGCCACUCUACCAUAAAGGUCUGAUUGGUGGAGUGCUGCAGAGAUGGUUGUCCUUCUGGAAGGUUCUCCCAUCUCCACAGAUGAACUAUGGAGAUCUAUCAGAGUGAUCUUCGGGUUCUUGGUCACCUCCCUGACCAAGGCCCUUCUCCACCGAUUGCUCAGUUUGGCCGGGCGGCCAGCUCUAGGAAGAGUCUUGGUGGUUCCAAACUUCUUCCAUUUAAGAACGAUGGAGGCCACUGUGUUCUUGAGGACUUAGAAUGCUGCAGAAAUUUUUUGGUACCCUUCCUCAGAUCUGUGCCUCAGCACAAUCCUCUGACCUCUACGAACAAUUCCUUCGACCUCAUGGCUUUUGUUCUGACAUGCACUGUCAACUGUGGGACCUUAAAUAGACAGGUGUGAGCCUUUCCAAAUCAUGUCCAGUCAAUUGUAUUUACCACAGGUGGACUCCAAUCAAGUUGUAGAAACAUCUCAAGGAUGAUCAAUGGAAACAGGAGGCACCUGAGCUAAAUUUCGAGUCUCAUAGCAAAGGGUCUGAAUACUUAUGUAAAUAAGGUAUUUCUGUUUUUUAUUUGUAAUAAAUUGGCAGAAAAUUCUAAAAACUUGUUUUAGCUUUGUCAUUAUGAGGUAUUUUGGGUAGAUUGAUGAGGUACAUUUUUUAUUUAAUCCAUUUCAGAAUAAGGCUGUAACGUAACAAAAUGUGGAAAAAGUCAAGGGGUCUGAGAUCUAGGUCUCAGUAUGCCUUCCCUGUGAAAGAUACCUAGGUCUCAGUAUGCCUCCCCUGUUAAAGAUACCUAGGUCUCAGUAUGCCUUCCCUGUGAAAGAUACCUUGGUCUCAGUAUGCCUUCCCUGUGAAAGAUACCUAGGUCUCAGUAUGUCUUCCCUGUUAAAGAUACCUAGGUCUCAGUAUGCCUUCCCUGUGAAAGAUACCUAGGUCUCAGUAUGCCUUCCCUGUGAAAGAAACCUAGGUCUCAGUAUGCCUUCCCUGUGAAAGAUACCUAGGUCUCAGUAUGCCUCCCCUGUUAAAGAUACCUAGGUCUCAGUAUGCCUUCCCUGUGAAAGAGACCUAGGUCUCAGUAUGCCUUCCCCUGUUAAAGAUACCUUGGUCUCAGUAUGCCUUCCCUGUUAAAGAUACCUUGGUCUCAGUAUGCCUUCCCUGUGAAAGAUACCUUGGUCUCAGUAUGCCUUCCCUGUGAAAGAUACCUAGGUCUCAGUAUGCCUUCCCUGUGAAAGAAACCUAGGUCUCAGUAUGCCUUCCCUGUGAAAGAUACCUUGGUCUCAGUAUGCCUUCCCUGUUAAAUAUACCUAGGUCUCAGUAUGCCUUCCCUGUUAAAGAUACCUUGGUCUCAGUAUGCCUUCCCUGUUAAAGAUACCUUGGUCUCAGUAUGCCUUCCCUGUGAAAGAUACCUUGGUCUCAGUAUGCCUUCCCUGUGAAAGAGACCUAGGUCUCAGUAUGCCUUCCCUGUUAAAGAUACCUUGGUCUCAGUAUGCCUUCCCUGUUAAAGAUACCUAGGUCUCAGUAUGCCUUCCCUGUGAAAGAUACCUAGGUCUCAGUAUGCCUUCCCUGUGAAAGAUACCUUGGUCUCAGUAUGCCUCCCCUGUGAAAGAUACCUUGGUCUCAGUAUGCCUUCCCUGUGAAAGAUACCUUGGUCUCAGUAUGCCUUCCCUGUGAAAGAAACCUAGGUCUCAGUAUGCCUUCCCUGUGAAAGAUACCUUGGUCUCAGUAUGCCUUCCCUGUGAAAGAUACCUUGGUCUCAGUAUGCCUUCCCUGUGAAAGAUACCUUGGUCUCAGUAUGCCUCCCCUGUGAAAGAUACCUAGGUCUCAGUAUGCCUUCCCUGUGAAAGAUACCUUGGUCUCAGUAUGCCUUCCCUGUGAAAGAAACCUAGGUCUCAGUAUGCCUUCCCUGUUAAAGAUACCUAGGUCUCAGUAUGCCUUCCCUGUGAAAGAUACCUUGGUCUCAGUAUGCCUUCCCUGUUAAAGAUACCUUGGUCUCAGUAUGCCUUCCCUGUGAAAGAUACCUUGGUCUCAGUAUGCCUUCCCUGUGAAAGAUACCUUGGUCUCAGUAUGCCUUCCCUGUGAAAGAUACCUAGGUCUCAGUAUGCCUUCCCUGUGAAAGGUACCUUGGUCUCAGUAUGCCUUCCCUGGUAAAGAUACCUUGGUCUCAGUAUGCCUUCCCUGGUAAAGAUACCUUGGUCUCAGUAUGCCUUCCCUGUGAAAGAUACCUAGGUCUCAGUAUGCCUUCCCUGUUAAAGAAACCUUGGUCUCAGUAUGCCUUCCCUGGUAAAGAUACCUUGGUCUCAGUAUGCCUUCCCUGUGAAAGAUACCUUGGUCUCAGUAUGCCUUCCCUGUUAAAGAAACCUUGGUCUCAGUAUGCCUUCCCUGUUAAAGAUACCUUGGUCUUAGUAUGCCUUCCCUGUGAAAGAUACCUUGGUCUCAGUAUGCCUUCCCUGUGAAAGAUACCUUGGUCUCAGUAUGCCUUCCCUGGUAAAGAUACCUUGGUCUCAGUAUGCCUUCCCUGGUAAAGAUACCUUGGUCUCAGUAUGCCUUCCCUGUGAAAGAUACCUAGGUCUCAGUAUGCCUUCCCUGUUAAAGAAACCUUGGUCUCAGUAUGCCUUCCCUGUUAAAGAUACCUUGGUCUCAGUAUGCCUUCCCUGUGAAAGAUACCUUGGUCUCAGUAUGCCUUCCCUGUGAAAGAUACCUUGGUCUCAGUAUGCCUUCCCUGUUAAAGAAACCUAGGUCUCAGUAUGCCUUCCCUGUGAAAGAUACCUUGGUCUCAGUAUGCCUUCCCUGUGAAAAUAAAGGUUAAAUAAAUCAUCCUGGCUUUAGAUUUAGCGACGGCACAAGAUGAAGAAAAGGUGACUAGUAAACUAUAGAAUGAGUAUAUGGGCACACAGCGCUUACAUUUACAUUUUACGCUUCACAUGUAAUGCUAUUUGGGCACACAGCGCUUCACAUGUAAUGCUAUGUGGGCACACAGCGCUUCUCAUGGUGUUCCAAAGAAAAAUAGUGGUUAGUGUUUUUUAUUCCAUGUCCACAAUGUUAACAUGUUAACUGUUUCAUGUUGUCCCCAGGCCAGCUGCAGGCCAAUGUUAACUGUUUCAUGUUGUCCCCAGGCCAGCCGUAGGCCAAUGUUAACUGUUUAAUGUUGUCCCCAGGCCAGCCGUAGGCCAAUGUUAACUGUUUCAUGUUGUCCCCAGGCCAGCUGCAGGCCAAUGUUAACUGUUUCAUGUUGUCCCCAGGCCAGCUACAGGCCAAUGUUAACUGUUUCAUGUUGUCCCCAGGCCAGCUGCAGGCCAAUGUUAACUGUUUCAUGUUGUCCCCAGGCCAGCUACAGAGGCCAGCUGCAGGCCAAUGUUAACUGUUUCAUGUUGUCCCCAGGCCAGCUGCAGGCCAAUGUUAACUGUUUCAUGUUGUCCCCAGGCCAGCUGCAGGCCAAUGUUAACUGUUUCAUGUUGUCCCCAAGCCAGCUGCAGGCCAAUGUUAACUGUUUCAUGUUGUCCCCAGGCCAGCUGCAGGCCAAUGUUAACUGUUUCAUGUUGUCCCCAGGCCAGCUGCAGGCCAAUGUUAACUGUUUCAUGUUGUCCCCAGGCCAGCUGCUGGCCAAUGUUAACUGUUUCAUGUUGUCGCCAGGCCAGCUGCAGGCCAAUGUUAACUGUUUCAUGUUGUCCCCAGGCCAGCUACAGAGGCCAGCUGCAGGCCAAUGUUAACUGUUUCAUGUUGUCCCCAGGCCAGCUGCAGGCCAAUGUUAACUGUUUCAUGUUGUCCCAAGGCCAGAUACAGAGGCCAGCUGCAGGCCAAUGUUAACUGUUUCAUGUUGUCCCCAGGCCAGCUGCAGGCCAAUGUUAACUGUUUCAUGUUGUCCCCAGGCCAGCUGCAGGCCAAUGUUAACUGUUUCAUGUUGUCCCCAGGCCAGCUGCAGGCCAAUGUUAACUGUUUCAUGUUGUCCCCAGGCCAGCUGCAGGCCAAUGCUUACUGUGAAAACCCAGACAUGGUGUUGGUGGGCAACAAGGCAGACCUGGCGGAUCAGAGAGAGGUGCAGGAGGAGCAGGCUAAAGAACUAGCCGACAAGUACGGGUGAGUAGGAGAGAGCUAGCCCCGUCAUGCACACAUACGGUGAGCUCAAAGUAUUGGGACAGUGACAAAUGUUUUGUUGUUUUGGCUCUGUACUCCAGCACUUUGGAUUUGGAAUGAUACAAUGACUAUGAGGUUAAAGUGCAGACUGUCAGCUUUAAUUUUGAGUGUAUUUUCAUUCAUAUCAUGUGAACCGUUUAGAAAUUACAGCACCUUUUGUACAUAGUCCCCCCAUUUUAGGGGACCAAAAGUAUUGGGACAAAUUCCCUUAUGUAUUAAAGUAGUGAAACGUUUUGGUCCCAUAUUCCUAGCACGCAAUGACUACAUCAAGCUUGUGACUCUAUAAACUUGUUGGAUGCAUUUGCUGUUUGUUUUGGUUGUGUUUCAGAUUAUUUUGUGCCCAAUAGAAAUGAAUGGUAAAUAAUGUAUUGUGUCAUUUUGGAUUCACUUUUACUGUAAAUAAGAAUAGAAUGUUUCUUAACACUUCUACAUUAAUGUGGAUACUACCAUCAUCACCGAUAAUCCUGAAUGAAUCACACAAAUAUCACACUUUUUACUACUUUAAUACACAUAUAAGUGAAUUUGUCCCAAUACUUUUGGUCCCCUAAAAUGGGGGGACUAUGUACAAAAAGUGCUGUAAUUUCUAAACGGUUCACCCAUGAUAUGGAGGAAAAUACCCUCCAAUUUAAGCUGACAGUCUGAACUUUAACCUCAUAGUCAUUGUAUCAUUUCAAAUUCAAAGUGCUGGAGUACAGAGCCAAAACAACCAAACAUUUGUCACUGUCCCAAUACUUUUGGAGCUCGCACACACAAACAUACAGAAAUUUGCACGCACACGCACAAACACAGACACACACUCAUCGGUGGGAGAGAACCGGCACCACUGUCACAGGCAUAAUGAGCAUUAGGUUCCUCUUACUCUGAAAGAUCAGUAACCGUAUUGUGGUCCAAAGUGUAUUAUUAGUGUCGUCUGAGAGAGGCUAUAUUUGCUUUGACUGUUGCUGAGGCUGCAGUCAUAGCGCUAGUGAUGAUGUCAUUGUCAAGGGUUUUAUUACGGACAACAUCUCUCACUCUCCACAUAGUCACCGACCAAUACACGUACUGUAGAUGGGCCCUGGUCAAAAGUAGUGCACUAUAUAGGGAAUAGGGUGCCAUUCUCUGGUCUAAAGUAGUGCACUAUAUAGGGAAUAGGGUGCCAUUUGGGACGUAAUCGAUGGGCCCUAUAUUCAAGGUGCUGUCUGAGUGCUGGGCUUGUCAUUCAGAGCUGUACUAGCGGAGUUUGUGGUUCAUUAACAUCUCAUUCCUUACUAAAAGAAGACCUGGUGGAUCUCUUCUCAAGUCGUUAUAACCAUUUGAUUAUUACAACAGAAUGUAUUUAUUUUCUCCUCACAAUCUAUCAUUUUCAGUCCCUGUUUUUUUACAACCCUGAUGUGCUUGACAUGGUCCCUCGAUUUAACUUUUAGACAUAAAUAUGACUAGUAAGACGAGGUAGAAUGCUCUGAUGUGGGUGUUGGUGGGGUCCUGUCUGAUGUUGGUGUGGUCCUGUCUGGAUGUUGGUGUGGUCCUGUCUAUGUGGGUGUUGGUGUGGUCCUGUCUGAUGUGGGUGUGGUCCUGUCUGAUGUUGGUGUGGUCCUGUCUGAUGUUGGUGUGGUCCUGUCUGAUGUGGGUGUGGUCCUGUCUGAUGUUGGGUUGUGGUCCUGUCUGAUGUUGGUGUGGUCCUGUCUGAUGUGGGUGUUGGUGUGGUCCUGUCUGAUGUGGGUGUUGGUGUGGUCCUGUCUGGUGUUGGUGUGGUCCUGUCUGAUGUUGGUGUGGUCCUGUCUGAUGUUGGUGUGGUCCUGUCUGAUGUGGGUGUUGGUGUGGUCCUGUCUGGUGUUGGUGUGGUCCAUGUGGUGUUGGUGUGGUCUGUCUGUGUGGUGUGGUCCUGUCUGAUGUUGGGUGGUUUGUGUGGUGGUCCUGUCUGAUGUGGGUGUGGUCCUGUCUGAUGGUUGGUGUGGUCCUGUCUGAUGUGGGUGUGUGGUGUGGUCCUGUCUGAUGUGGUGUUUGGUGUGGUCCUGUCUGAUGUGGUGUGGUCCUGUCUGAUGUGGUGGUCCUGUCUGGUGUUGGUGUGGUCCUGUCUGAUGUUGGUGUGGUCCUGUCUGAUGUUGGUGUGGUCCUGUCUGAUGUGGGUGUUGGUGUGGUCCUGUCUGAUGUUGGUGUGGUCCUGUCUGAUGUUGGUGUGGUCCUGUCUGAUGGGUUGUGGUCCUGUCUGAUGUGGGGUGUUUGGUGUGUGUCCUGUCUGAUGUGGUGUGGUCCUGUCUGAUGUUGGUGUGGUCCUGUCUGAUGUUGGUGUGGUCCUGUCUGAUGUGGGUGUUGGUUGGGUGUGGUCCUGUCUGAUGUGGGUUGGUGUGGUCCUGUCUGGUGUCUGGUGUCCUGUUGAUGUUGGUGUGGUCCUGUCUGAUGUGGGUGGUCUGUGAUGUUGGUCCGUCUGUGUGGUGGUCCCUGUCUGAUGUGGAUUCUGUGUGUCCCCUGUCUGAUGUUGGUGUGGUCCUGUCUGAUGUGGGUGUUGGUGUGGUCCUGUCUGAUGUUGGUGUGGUCCUGUCUGAUGUGGGUGUUGGUGUGGUCCUGUCUGAUGUGGGUUCUGUAUGUCCCCUGUAGGAUCCCGUACUUUGAGACGUCGGCAGCGACGGGGUCUGAGGUGGACAAGGCGGUCAUCACCCUACUAGACCUGGUCAUGAAGAGGAUGGAGCAGUGUGUCGACAAACCCACCGCCGAGCCCGCCAACGGGGGAGGAGCCGCCAAGCUGGAGGACGCUGCGCCUGACCAGAAGAAGUGUGCAUGCUAG